AUGCCCUGCUUCUACGAUGGGGAGGGCUUCGUGAUCCUCCACAUCACCUUGCUCUUCUUCCGUCAGCUCUUACUGUAUCACCUCCCGCAUUUGCACAACCAGCUGGAAGAAGCAGGUGUUGCUCCAGUCGUCUAUGCCACCCCCUGGUUCAUCACGCUGUUUGCCUACAAGACUCCUCUACAAGUCUUGCUCAGGCUUUGGCACCGCUACAUGCGCCGGGGAGAUCCGACUUUCAUGCCUUUUCUUGCCGUUGCCGUGAUGGAGCUCGAGAAGCAAGCCUUCCUUGACGCCGAGGAGGAUGAUUUGAACUUUGCGGUGGACCGCACCACCAUUACCUCCCUUGAGAAGCUGCAGGAUGUUUGGACAGCCGCAGAAAAUUUGCAUGCAAAGACGCCCAAGUCCUUCUCCUUUCGCAUGUCUCGCGUCAUCACGCAGGUCCGAGAGCAGCUUCGCAAGAAGGGCUCAGGGCACCCUUGGGCCGACAGUGUCCUGGCCCGUGCGGAACAGGAACGAAGGCUGGUGGUGCUCGCAAGAGAAGUUGUGGCGCAAUUCGUGCGGGUUUCUGAUCCUUCCUCGCUGGAAUCGGUUCAGGCCGUGCCAUCCAGUGGCCUGCCCUCGCUUCGCUUACUCCUCCUGGAUGUUCGGCCACGGGCUGCCUACGAGGCAGACCACCUGCCGAACGCACUUCAUUUCCAUCCGCCUUGCCUGCAACGUCUGGCCCAGGUCAGUGCCGGCAUGAGCCAAUCUCGGGCUGAACGCCUGGCCUCAGCACUUUCCCGCGCUAUCUCAGAGGUGGGUGGAUUGGUCGCACGUAGGGAACCAUCCGAGGCCAAAGCUUUGGAUAACACGCUGGACGGCAAGGAGCACGCAGCGCUUGGUGCCGAAGUGUUCCAGGCGCUGCAGGCUGCUGCGAGCGAGGCAUGGGGUGAAGGCUGGAUCUCAGAGUCUGAGGGAGCCCACCUGGCAGUGCUUGGGGGCGAGGCAGAUUGGGAUGCUGCCCAGCUCUGCAAGACCGACGGUGGUGGUGUGGUCGCUGCGCUCUUUGAGGCUCUGACGGGGCAAAUCUCGCUGCCACGGGUGUCUGUGGUGCUUGGGGGGGCAGUGGCACUGCAGCGCGAGGCAGAAAAACGAGGAGUGAAACUCGAGAGUACUGCUGCCUCAUCGCCUCAUGAGUCUUCCGGAUACUCCAGUGGCAACGUGCGAGGCCUUUUGUCUGGUGCUUUCGCGAAUCUUCGUCAGCGAGCACAACAGGCCCAACAGGGCCUCGCCCAGCAGCUGCAGCAAAAAAGCUCAGAUGUCGCUUAA